AUUACUACCAGAUGAAAUAACUUCAGUCCAGUUAAUAUAGCUUGCUUGUAAGUAGUAUGUAUUUUUAUCUGGGUAAAAACUGCGGACAGUUAUAUGUUGACUGAGACGACACUACCCUUAGACGAAGUGUGUGCGUUGAAAGCCACCCUAUUCGUGGUUUAUCAACCAGACAGAUGCAAGAACCAUGAAAGCUGAUGAAUUAAAGACAGCUAAUGGCUACCAAGUCAUUAAAACCAAAACAAUAAAUUUUCCACCAGAUAUUAUUGUUUUAAAACACAGUACAAAAUCUUCAGAUCAAGCAACUCAACCACCGGCGGUAUAUUCACUUCGCUUGCUUACGUCAACGAACACCGAACCACGACCCGUUAAAAAGCUUACAGAUGAAAAUAGAGUUCUUCCCCCAGUGGAGUUAACUAUUAACAAGAAAAUUAAAUACGCAAACGAUAAGGUGAGCACACCACACGUUUAGCCUACGAUAAAAAGUUAAUAAAACUGUAGAUAUUCAACUAACACAAGUCCACAACUUUAUUAUAUCCUAAUAAACCCCAAAACGACUUAGAGACACGCUAUUAAUUACGAAGCGGUAAACCAACUGACGUCAUCAGAUAGUGAGGUCAUAGAAAAGCUACGUCAUCAGCUCCGCACUCAACCACACGAAGGAACAACCAGCGUGCUGGAGGCGAUUGGUGACCCACAAGUAAAGAUAGAAUGUUAUGAGUGAAUCCUACAUUUUACGUUAAUUCAAUUCCAACAGGUGAGAGAAAAGCGUUUGUAUUACGAACCAUUAAAAAGCUUCAUCGUCAAUAAUGAAAAAACAAAACAUGGAAAACCAGGUCUUCCUGUAAGUUUACAUUAUGAUUCCAGUCGAGGAUGGAAGUCGAGAAUCGGAAGGUAUUGUUCUACCAUUUACACUUUCCCGACACCAAACGUCCACUAUUCGUAACAUGGGUAGAAAGCGAGGUGGAACAACACAAGCUUUUUCAUUCCUUCCGAGCGUUGUUGGAAACUCAAUAGGUCGGAAAUCGGAUGCAUUUAACUCAGAUAUGCGUGAUUUUUACCAGUCAGAGUUAAACCGUGCCAGAGACAAAGGUUACGGGAUGGGACAAGCUAAGUCAACACUGCCAUUGCACAGGAAAACGGCCUUAAACCUUCCUGCCCUGCCACGUGUUAAAAGAAUGGAAGGUCCAAAACCGACAGAAGACAAAGCGGAAACUCAACAAAGGCGAACAGCAGCGACCGUGCAAUUUCCUGCAAGGCGGAGUGAUAACCGUCAGAUUGAGAUAACCAAUGGGUUUCCACGACGUGCAACAACUACAGCUAAUGGCAAGUCACACUUAAUAGGUCCAAUGAACAAGAUGGACAUGAUUGCUGGUUACAGCAGGGCGAUGCAGGGUGGCAUGAUGACGUACGAUGAAUAUAUUCGUAAACUUUCGGUACUUUCUCUCCACAAAGUGACGACAACAAACGGUACAAACCGUCACUUUCAAAUCGUAAGAGACAGAGACCAUCGCAUGCAACCACGAUUGGCACACGUUGACGUCACAGCAACACCAUAUACGCUCCCACAUUCAAAACAAAACUCUCCAAAUAAAACAGUUCCAAAGGUUGAACGACCUAUUGAAAAAGAACUUGAGCGAGAACAAGUAGAAAGUAGAGUUUACAGCGAAAUGAUAAGCAACCAGCACACGAACCCAUCUAUCAAAGCACCACGCCUGCACAAAGUUGACAUCGGUGAAGGGUUAUCUUUUAACGAGGCAACAAUAGAACCUGAUGUCACUGAUGAUGUCAUAACCACAGAUUUAACGCGAUACAGUCACGUGCAUCACCCAAAGCAGACAAAACCAGUUCACUUUCACUGGAACCACGAGGUUACAUCCACUGAUGACGUAACAAAUAAGAAACCCACAGCCCAAGCAUUACUUCAAAGAAAGCUAGGACAUAACGAUCGAAUCCAACAUCAGCAGCAGACGGGCACUAAUGUGAAACCGAUCUUAAACGUUCCGCUUUCAAAUACCUUUCAAAGAACUCAAGGACGAGUGACGCACGAGCAAAGCGUAAGUGAUCAUCGCAAUCAAACGUGGCACACCAAGAGCAGACCUUACUUUAAUAACGAAGGUGAUUUAUUAGAUCUCGGUGAAGUCGGCCAAGAUGGAAAUAAAAUCAGCACGAUAAUGCAAAUGCCGGACGUGGGUAAACUACCUCAGCUAAGUCUGGAGGCGUAUGGUGCAGCAUCGGUUGGUCUGGCUCCCGAUGACGUACUCAAGACGAUCAAUAACCGAGGAAGUUCAUCACGUGACAAUCGGUAUGCUGGCGAUGACACGGCAGGAGAAAGUGACGCAGAGUCAGUGAUGCAACAACAUAUCGAAAAUGUUCUAAAAACAAUCAAACGAGCAAAGUCACGAAAGAAAACCAAGGUGCCGGAAUUAAAGGGACUUACCCCAACUGUUACCCCACAAUAUCGUGCCGCCGAGACAAUUUUGUUUGAAAAUAACAAAAAUCAAAGUGAACAUGAAUGGGUUGAAACCUCACCGCACAAUAUUAGUCUUCUGUCGAUAAAACAAAGUCUACCUGAAAACACACCCCCUCCCACAACAAACAAUAAAGCACGACAAAUACAAUCGCAACCCGAUGAAAGUAAGCGAAUAACACCCGUGAAUAUAUCCGCUGACUUCAACGAAAACACCGGAAGGGGAAGUCCCUAUAAAAUGCGAAUCCAGCCGCCAGAAAAUGUGAAAGUGGUGACAGACAAGUCCAAUUCUCAGCUUAGCGUAAACACGUCAUCGAAACGUAACAAUAUAAUCAGCAACCCACAACCGGAUGCUGAAAAAGUAACUGCGAAUUCCUCAUGUGUAGAUUUGGAUGGUGGUAGCAAAGAUUACAACACUCCACUCACUAGGUUGGAGGUUGUUAUCCCAUCAACACCAUCCGCUCCACCAGGAUCCAUCGCAUCCACAGAUUAUAUCACAACAGAUGCCGAAGACGAACCUACGUAGUAAUAAAUCAAAUAUAUAAAACUAUGUAUAAA